CACUGCGAGGAGCAGUCGGAGGGGCUGUUCCCAUGGGACAUCCCACUCCUGUGUCCGGGUGAUGCUGGAAGGGCCCCGCUGGGCAGGUGGACGUGGGGAGCGGGACCCACUAUGAGCCGAGCGAUGCUUGGGGUGCCCGUGCCCAGCACGCAGCCGCCCGUGUCCCACCUGCCGGGAACUGGUGGAGGCGGUGGCCCCAGCGACAUGGCCCUGAGUCACACCGGAGGCCCCGGGUGACAGCCCGUCUCCGGCACACGGAGCCAGGCACGUGAGCCGGGAGGGAUGCUUGGGGAGAGGUAUCCCAUCCCCGAACCACCCCGUCCCCAGGCACGGCAGCGGUGGCAGCAGCAGCGAUGGCAACGCUCUACCCCUCCCUGGAGGACAUGAAGGGCCACCAGAUCUUGCAGGCACAGGCAGCUGCCGGGGUAAGGACGCCCGCCACGACGGUGCUCACGGAGAAGCCGAAGCUCGUCUCGGACACCGCGCCGCCCAUGCUGUACCCAAACCUGGCUGAGCUGGAAAACUACAUGGGACUGGCUCUUUCCAGCGAAGAGAUCCAGAAGAACCUGCUCCCGGAAAGCAGCACUGCACUGACCCCCGCCGGGCCCCCCCCAGGCCAGCUGGUUGCCCCCCUGACCGGGAACAACGCGGGGCUGCGCCGGGCGGAGAUCAAGCCGGGCGUGCGGGAGAUUCACCUGUGCAAGGACGAGCGGGGCAAGACGGGGCUGCAGCUGAAAAACGUCGACCAGGGCAUCUUCGUGCAGCUGGUGAAGGUCAACUCGCCGGCAGCGCUGGUGGGGCUGCGCUUCGGUGACCAGAUCCUGCAGAUCGAUGGCAAGAACUGCACGGGCUGGAGCAGCGACAAGGCGCAGCGGGCGCUGAAGAAGGCGUCCCCAGAGAAAAUUGUCAUGGUGGUGCGGGACAGACCUUUCCAGCGCACCGUCACCGUGCACAAGGACAGCAACGGCCACAUCGGCAUCGUGGUCAAGAAGGGGAAAAUCAUGUCACUGGCCAAGGACAGCUCUGCCGCCCGCAACGGCCUCCUCACCCACCACUGCAUCUGCGAGGUGAACGGCCAGAACGUCAUCGGCAUGAAGGAUAAGCAGCUGACAGAGGUGCUGGCGGGGGCCGGGAACGUGGUCACGCUGACCAUCAUCCCCACCGUGAUCUACGAGCACAUGGUCAAACGGCUCUCGGCGGGGCUGGUGAAGUCAGCCAUGGACCACUCCGUCCCCGACCUCUGAUGCGAUCGCUGCCGUCCCAAGAGGGCUGGCGCUGGAAGCUUGGAGGGGCUGCAAAGGUACCCCCGCAGCAUGCCCAAAAGAAGCUGGCUUAGCACAAAAACCCUCAUCCCUACAGAGGCUGGUGGCUGCCGGGUGGCACGGGGGAACCGCCAGCCCACGAUGUCCUCUCCUCCCUUUCAUCGGCAGGGAUGGGGCACGUGCCUCCCACUGUCCUGGGGUCCCCGUGUCCCCCCGUGUCCCCGCCUGGGCCAGCCCCCCUCGGGGCAGACGCCAAAGGCUGGCUCCAGCCAAAGCAGACACAGACCCAGCGACGUUUAUUACAUCCACCACAGACAGCGAGUACAGGACAGGGGAAACAAGAAAAGGGGGGUUACAGCUUUUUCAGUUCUGUAUUUAAAAAAUAUAUUGUAUAGAUUUGUCUUUCAAAUAUAAUCGUUACAUUUAUUUCUUGGCAAAGCUUUGGAUAGUCUAACAGACGUGUACACAGAUCCACAAAUACAUUGCACAAGAGGCGUAUAUCCUAGCUCCGCUUACAUCGGCUGCCCCGGCUGUCUUGCCACCGUUUCUCCCCCAAUACUUCA